CUGGACCGAUGCAAGCUGUCCUCUACCUGCCGCUUUAUAAUAUAUAACGCCGCCCCUUCUCUACACUGGAUAGUCUACACUUUUCCUGACUCUGCUCAUCUGCUCCGCACAGUCAAUUGCAAGAAUGCGCAACUUCAGGAACGCCGCUCUUGCGAGCUUGCUCGCUCUCGCCUCCGCCUCGGACGUCGUCGAGCUUAGCAAGGACACCUUUACCGACUUCGUCAACACGAAUGACCUCGUCCUGGCAGAGUUCUUUGCUCCAUGGUGCGGUCACUGCAAGGCGCUUGCGCCCGAGUACGAGGAGGCUGCGACGCAGCUGAAGGAGAAGAACAUCAAGCUCGCCAAGGUCGACUGCACUGCGCAGACGGAGCUUUGCCAGAGCUUUGGUGUUGAGGGUUACCCCACCCUGAAGGUCUUCCGUGGCGAGGACUCCCCCUCUCCCUACACCGGCCAGAGGAAGGCGGACGCGAUUGUCUCGUACAUGACCAAGCAGUCGAUGCCCGCCGUCUCCACCCUUGCCAAGGACACCAUCGAGGAGUUCAAGACUGCCGACAAGGUUGUGCUGGUUGCCUUCUUCGACAAGGACGACAAGGCCUCCAACGAGACCUUCACCUCGGUCGCCAACGGCCUCCGCGACGAGUACCUGUUUGGCGCCAUCAACGACGCCACCGUGGCUAAGGCCGAGGGCGUCAAGCAACCCGCCAUUGUUUUGUACAAGUCGUUCGAUGAGGGCAAGGACGUCUUCUCUGAGAAGUUUGACAAGGAGGCUAUUGAGCAGUUCACCAAGACUGCUGCUACGCCGCUUGUUGGCGAGGUCGGCCCCGAGACCUACGCUGGUUACAUCAACGCUGGUAUCCCCCUUGCCUACAUCUUCGCCGAGACCGCCGACGAGCGCGAGGAGCUUGCCAAGGAGCUCAAGUCCGUCGCUGAGAAGCACAAGGGUGCUAUCAACUUCGCCACCAUCGACGCCAAGACCUUCGGUCAGCACGGCGCCAACCUCAACCUCGAGGUCGGCAAGUGGCCCGCCUUUGCUAUCCAGGACACCACCAAGAACCAGAAGUUCCCCUUCGACCAGGACAAGAAGAUCACCAAGAAGGCCAUUGGCUCUUACGUCGAUGACUUCCUUGCUGGCAAGGUCGAGCCUAGCAUCAAGUCGGAGCCCAUUCCCGAGAAGCAGGAGGGUCCCGUCACUGUUAUCGUCGCUCACUCUUACGAGGCUGAGGUGAUCAACAACGACAAGGAUGUUCUCGUCGAGUUCUACGCCCCCUGGUGCGGUCACUGCAAGGCUCUGGCUCCCAAGUACGAGGAGCUUGGUGCUCUCUUCUCCAAGAACCCCGAGUUCGCUGAGAAGGUUACCGUCGCCAAGGUUGACGCCACGGCCAACGACGUUCCCGACGAGAUCCAGGGCUUCCCCACCAUCAAGCUCUUCCCCGCCGGCAAGAAGGACAGCCCUAUCGACUACAGCGGCUCGCGCACCGUCGAGGACCUCGCCAAGUUCAUUGCCGAGAACGGCAGCCACAAGAUCAACGCCUACGAGGCCGAGGAGGCCGCCGCCGACGAGUCGGACAUCCCCAGCCAGGCUCCCGCCGCCACCGAGAAGGUCAAGGAAGCCAUUAUCGACGAGGAGGACAUUGAGGGCCACGAUGAGCUGUAAACGGGGUCAAAAAAACACUGAACGCGGCGAGAACAUUGCCGCGUGAUUGAACGAAGCGUUUGAAAUGAAUUUUUAGGGUCUGGCUACGCUGUUAUACGGUUUUUUGGUGCUUUCAAGCAUGGUUAAGGCAAAAAGCCUAUU